UCAUUAUCACUUAUCAGCGAUAACGCGCGCGGUACGGCAGAGUGCGACCACUGCGACCAGCGCACAAAUACCGAUUGUCCGUCGUCAAUAACCGCAACAACAACUGUUGUGUUCGUUUUACCACCACUAAAAACCGUCGUCGUCGUCGUCGUUCGUAUCAGAGAUCGCUUCCGCGCCUACUGCCUAGUCCUAGUGCGACUGUGGUAGUGGUGGUGGUGGUGGUUCGAGUCAGCCGCGGCCGACGGACAGAUAGACUCGCGGACUACGACAGUCCGUCGCCGACGUGCAUCGCGUGUCUGAGUGUGCUCUAUUCGCGAGUGUGUUACUCUUCGGCCGCCGUCCGUUCUGCGCCCUUGUCGUGUGAUAUUAAUUCGUAUUAUUAUGUGCCGUUUCAAAGUGUUCGACGCCAUACAGACGACACAGUGAACGACGCACACACACACCAUGAAAACCGUUUUGUUGUACGUUUGCGCGGCGCUGGCCGUGUCCGGCGUCCGGUCGCUGUCCGUGUACACCGACGACGACGACGACGUCCGUAAUACGCGCGUACCGCAGCCGUUCGCCGAACGCGUCGACGAUCGCGGUCCGUCGUCCUCCAGGACCAGACGAGAGGUCUCGACCGCGCCGUCACCGCCGUCCAUCCUGCCCGGCGUUUCCGACGGAAACUUGACGUCCAAAGUUUUUCAUUUAAAUGAAACUCGGCAACAAUUGAUGGUACACUGGGUUGGUGAAAACUCAAAUGUUAUCAUAUGUUUGGCUCGUGAAGGAUAUCCUUCUUCAUCUGUAUACAUAUCAUAUGAUUAUGGAGAUACCUAUCUUAAUAAGACGGAAUCAUUUAAAAUAGAUGCUACUAAAAAUCUAUAUGCAUCUAUUGACAAAUUUUAUAUACAUCCUGCCUUUAAAACACAUUGUGUAUAUACAGAUGUAGUAAACCGUAAAAUAUUCACGACAACUGAUCAUAGUAAAACUAUUAAAUCAAUUUCACUGCCAUUUGUGCCCAGUGAAGUGACUUAUAAGCCUGAUGAACCACUUGUGUUUAUUGUUCAUGACAAAGUUAACCCUACAAAACAAUUAUGGAUAACUCAUGAUUUUGGUAUUACUUGGACAACCCUUGAAGAACGCGUUAAAUCAUAUUUCUGGAUUCCAACAAAAUGGGAUUUGUAUAAAAGUGGACAUUCAUUGGUUAUACAACGUGAAGAAUCAGCAACAACAUCCACUGUAAUUGCUGUUUCAGAAAAUAUCAAUUCUGGUCAAAAUAAUUUAUUUACUUUAGCUGUAAAUGUAUUACAAUUGAAAGCAAGAGAUGACUAUAUGUUUGUAACUGUACAACUUUCAAAGAAUAAUUUAGAUUUAUUGGUUAGCUACAAAGGAGGAAAUUUUGUUCGAACUCGGUUUGACACUGAACUCGACAGACGUGAUUAUCAUAUUGCAGAUAUCACUGCUAAUAGAAUAAUGGUUGCUGUUGCUCAUACUCGUACUUUGUCUAACUUAUACAUAUCUGAUGUAAUACAGUCUUCUAAUGAAGACACGGUAUCAUUCAGUUUAUCUCUUGAAAGAGUGGUUGCAUAUUUCCCUAACAUUACAUGGACAGAAUCUUUAAUUAGUGAUUUGUGGGCUGAACCUUUUGCUGAUAUACACAAAGUUAAAGGCCUCCAAGGAAUCUAUAUUGUUUCACAGAUUUCUGCUUCAAUGCCGACAGGAAGUGUGGACAUAGGUCCAGAGCAUAUUGUGACUCUGAUCAGUUUUGAUUGGGGGUUUGAUUGGCGGUUGCUAAAUGUUACACGAUCUUUUUCUCAUUGUGAAAAGUCGGAUAACUGUUCUUUACAUCUUACUCAAAUGUUUGCUCAUGUGUAUCCUGUCACUAGAACUCAUACGUUUAUCUUAUCAUCAAAGUCUGCUCCUGGAAUUAUUAUGGCUACUGGAGUAGUUGGUAAAUCAUUAAAGGGUAGUCCUGGAGUUUUUGUCAGUAGAGAUGCUGGACUCACGUGGCGACAAGUAUUAAAAGAAAUGCAUUUUUAUAACAUUGGUGAUCAUGGAGGCAUUUUGGUUGCUGUCCGAUACUACAAAGGUGAAAAAGAAGAAACCAGUCAAAUUCUUUAUUCAACCGAUGAAGGAGAAACAUGGCUUGAGAAAAAUUUCACUAAUAGUCAAAUAAAAGUUUAUGAGUUGAUGACUGAACCUGGGGAAAAUACUACUGUUUUUACUAUGUUUGGCUCAGUUAUGGAAAAACAUGAGUGGUUAAUAGUUAAAAUUGAUCUAAAGAAUGCAUUUUCUUAUAACUGUACAAAAAAGGAUUAUAAAUUUUGGUCACCUACCACUUCGAAAGAUCAUUUAAAAACAUCAUGUGUUCUUGGUCAGACACAAAUAUUUCAAAGAAGAGCACCUAAAGCAAAUUGUUACAAUGGAAUGGAUUAUGAUCGACCAUCUCAGACCUUGACAUGUGAUUGUGAUAUUGAAGAUUAUACAUGUGAUCAUGGAUUUACAUGGUUUUCAAAUUCUAAACAAUGCAUUAGAAAUAAAACAAGUAGCUUUGAUCCUUAUUUAAUUCCGUCGUUUUGUAAACCUGGUUUAAUGUAUAAUCGUACAAAAGGUUAUCGUUUAAUACCAGGAGAUAAGUGUAAAUAUGGACGUUCAUUAGAAUUCAUGCCUCAAGAAGUUCCAUGUCCAUUUGAGGAAAAGUCAGAAUUUAUUUUAGUUGCUCAAAAAGAGCGUAUUCUUAGAUUUAGUGGUAAUUUACCAUAUGAAGUAUUACCUGUGCGUAAACUUGAAAAUGUCAUUGCUGUAGAAUUUGAUGUGGAAAAUAAUUGUGUUUUUUGGGCUGAUAUUGUUACUGAUACUAUUGGGCGACAAUGUUUAUCUGAUGGCAAACAUGGACCAGAAAUUUUGGUGAAUUCUGGUCUUAGUAGUGUUGAGGGAAUGGCAUAUGAUUGGGUAUCUAAACAUCUUUAUUUUGUCGAUGGUGCAUUGGCUAAAAUAGAAGUUAUACGAACUAAUACUAAAAUUCCUGGACACAUGCGUAAGACUAUACUUGGUCCUACCCAUCUAAAAAAACCUCGAGGGUUAGCAGUUCAUCCUAGACUCGGUUAUUUGUUUUGGACCGAUUGGGCUGUUGGUGAAGCCAAAGUAGCAAGAGCUAAUUUAGAUGGAUCUGAUGUGAAGACAUUAAUUAGUAAUGAUUCUAUUGAAUGGCCAAAUGGAUUAGCUGUGGAUUAUAUAGCUGAACGAUUAUAUUGGGCAGAUGCACGCCAUGAUUAUAUAGCUUCUUGUGAUCUACAUGGAAAUAACAUUAAAAAAGUUUUAAAAAAUGAUGAAAAAGUUUCUCAUCCAUUUGCUGUAGCUAUUCUUAAAGAUUGGAUCUAUUGGGAUGAUUGGAAACAAAAUUCUAUAUUUAUGUCAGAUAAAGAUCAUGGUGCUAAAAUACAAACAGUUGCUUCACAUUUGCCAGGAUUAAUGGAUUUAAAAGUAUUUUCUCAUAUGUCACAAAUUGAUACGAAUGCGUGUUCAAAUAAUAGUAAUAAAUGCUCUCAUUUUUGUUUUGGUUUACCAAAUCAAAUGUUUUCUUGUCAAUGUCCCGAUAAUAUGAAUAAAUCUGAUGGUAGUUGUCUUUGUCCUGGUCUUAAGGAACCAUUCUCCAAUGGAACUUGUCCAUCAGCUGGUCAAACUUGUUCAGUUGAUUAUUUCCAAUGUGCUAAUGGUAACUGUGUGCCUAAAUAUUGGCAAUGUGAUGGGGAUAAUGAUUGUGGAGAUAAUUCGGAUGAAGUCAAGUGUACCAAAGUUUCGUGUGGUCCAAAUUCAUUCCAAUGUGAUAAUGGAAAGUGCAUUCCAUCAUAUUGGACCUGUGAUUUUGAUCCUGAUUGUGAGGAUAGUUCAGAUGAAAUAAAUUGCAAGUAUUCAAAUUGUUCUGUUGGACAAUUUCGUUGUAAGAAUGGCCGAUGUAUUUCAAUGCACUGGCGCUGUGAUUUAGAAGACGAUUGUCAUGAUGGGUCUGAUGAAGUUGACUGUUUAAAUAUUUCCAACAAUUCUUCAUCAACUUGUCCACCAAGUAGUUUCCAUUGUCCUGGUACUGCAAGUACUUGCAUUCCAGCCAAAUGGCAAUGUGAUGGUGAAAAAGAUUGCCCUGAAGGUAUAGAUGAACUUAACUGUGAAGUAGCAACCUGUGAAUCUUGGCAAUUUGAGUGUGCCAACAAGAAAUGUAUAUUUGCAUCUUGGAAAUGUGAUGGAGAUGAUGACUGUAAUGAUGGAUUUAAGAGUGAUGAGGUUAACUGUACAACUACAAAUAGGACUUAUCCGGUUGAACCAACUACUCCAUCUAUACCAUUUAUCACUAAUGGUACAUGUAGUGAAUGGUUAUACCGAUGUAAUAAUGGAAAAUGUAUUCCUUAUUGGUGGAAAUGUGAUAAUGUAAUGGAUUGUGAAGAUGGUUCAGAUGAAGAGCAAUGUGGAACUUUAACUCCUGCAAUUGCUAAAACAAACAUUUCAAUUGUAACUCCUAAAAAUAUGUGUCCUCAGCAUUAUUUCCAAUGCAACUCUGGUUUAUGUAUUGAAGACUCAUGGGUAUGUGAUGAAAUUUUUGAUUGUGAUACGGGUGAAGAUGAAACUAACUGUAAAAACAACAAUUUUGUGGGACGUUGUAAAAACCAUGUUUUGGAAUUUAAAUGCCGUAUAUCUGGAUCAUGUAUUAGUAUUGAUAAAGUUUGUGAUGGUACCCCACAAUGUCCAGAUGCUAGUGAUGAAAUGUUUUGUACCAAUAAUAAUCAAACUCCUGGAACACCAAGUUGUGGAGUGGGUCUAUUCCCAUGUGAUGGUAGCAGAUGUAUACCAGCAUCAAAACGAUGUAAUCAGCAUAAAGAUUGCUAUGAUGGUACUGAUGAAGAGUAUUGUGAUACAAUAAAUAAUACUUUAAGUAUACAAGUGUCUUUAAUGUUUAUUGAUGAACAUGAAACAACUUCAAAUUCUCUGUCUUUAUAUUGGGCAUCACCAAAAAAUUUGAGUUUGGAAUAUUUACCUUCCAUCAGUGAAUCACGUAUGCCAGAAACAUCGGUUAAUAAGACAUGGGUGUCCGUAACUAAUUAUAAGUUUACGUCACUCAAGCCAUAUACUGCAUACAAUAUGACUGUAUUUGUCCGUCAAAAAGAUGCACCUAGUACUAUCUACCCACCUGCUUUUUUCAUACUGGCAUCAACUGCUGAAGGCGUUCCAAGUGCUCCUCUGAAUGUAAUAGUUAAACAAGUAAAUGCGGAAGAAGUUUUAGUUACUUGGACUAGACCAGAAAAUCCAGCUGGUCGCAUUUUGUCUUACAAUGUUUAUGUUGAGCCACCUCACCCAGCUAUGGUUUUGUCUGUUGAAGCUGAUUAUAACAAUAUUACACAAUCAUACCCUGUUCGAUCAUCGUUAUAUCGUAGAAAAAUUGAAUAUAGUUUUUGGGUUACUGCCAAGCUAUCAGAGUCUGAAUCUGAACAUUCUGCUGUAAAAAGGUUCCAUUUUGAUGAAGAUUCUCUUGUAGAUGUUGAUUUAAAAUUAAAUAUUACUGCAAGAACCGAAAAUAGUAUCACUAUAUCUUGGGAUAGUGUUGAACAUGCAGAUGGUUUUAGUAUUAUUUCUUCAGCACCAAUUAAAGAAGGGCCGUAUCCAAAUUCUAUUCAGUCAUUUAAUGUAUCUAAUAACAAUAAUGCAUUAAAGUUUACAAUUACCAAACUGUCACCUGGUGUAACAUACACAAUAAAUGUAAUACCAUUUAAUGCGCGAUAUAUUGGUAUGAAAUAUACAAUUGUAACAAAAACUGAUGGUCAACCAUUACCGCCCGUGACUAAUAUAACUGGCUCUUUAGUCAAUAUAAAAGAUAAGAAAGAGUCAACAAUUAGAGUACAAUGGAAUGCACCUAAACAGUAUGGAAAAACUAAAUGGCUCUAUGGAGUUUAUUAUGGCACAAACGUUAAUGAUCUUCUAAAUGGUCCAAAGUAUAAUACUUCAGCAACCAUAGCCAUUCUAAUCAACAUUGAAUCUUGCACAUCACUUAUGAUUGAUGUUGGUGUGAUUGGUCCCAAUGGUAUUGGGCCAUUAUCUAAGAGACCCUUUAAUAUUAUAACUCCAUUUGAUCCAACUGUUCCACCUAAAGAUAUAAGAAUUGAACAGCUUCAGCAUUCAAGUGAUCCAACGAUUCUUAUAAGUUGGAAAGCAUCUUGUCACCCAGUUCAACAAUCUUACAAAGUAAGUAUUUUGGAAUCCAACAAAAAUAAAAAUUUUGAAAUUAUUGUUCCAAAUGUGUCCGACACCGAAGCGUCAUUGCAUUUUUCUGUUAACUAUGGUGGAAAUUACUUUAUUCGUAUCUCUACUAUGACACCAAAUGCUGUCCCAUCACCAUUGAUUAAUUACCGUGCUCCAGAAUUGCCUUCCCCACACCAGGUCAAGGUAUUUAGCAUGCCUGAUGGUCAUUAUGAAAUAUAUUGGCAUAAACCCAAUAUAACUCAUCUACUUAAGCCAUCGAUGGUUCAUUAUUUGGUGCAUAUGUCUGAGGGUAGUGAAUUGAAUGUCACAACUGCCAAGACCUAUCGAGCUGAAGAUAGUCCAUUUAUUAUCAUUGAUCCACCAACAAGUAACAAAUUGUCAGUGGCUGUUCAACUGGCAACAAAUGUAGGUUAUGUAUCUAAAAUGUCCGAAGUAUUCUCAUUUAUACCUCAAAGUGUUGAUAGUCAAUCUUCAGAAGUGGUCGUUGUUGGUGUCAAUACCGGAUGGAUGUCUAUGAUUUUGGUAUUAAUAGUUAUAGGAUUAUCUGCAGGUCUAACAUACUUUGUUGUUAGACAUCGAAACCUGCAAAAUAGUUUUGUGCAAUUUGCCAAUAGUCGAUAUGAUACACGAUCAGGAUCAGCUACUUUUACUGGAGUUGAUAGUCUUGGUUUAGGAGUGUUUAAAGAUGAUGAGCCAGCAGUUCAAGGCUUUUCAGAUGACGAGCCACUAGUCAUUACUUAACAAUUAUCAACUGAUCGUUCCGUCAUCUGUGAUAAAGCGUAACCAUUUAUCUCAAUCCAAGUGACAUAUUAUUUAUAUUUAUUAGAAUUUAACAUAGAAGUCAACUUCUUUAUAAUAUUAUUUACCUUUAAUUCUAAUGUUGUAACUGUUUAUUUUUUACUUUAAAAUAUGUUAUUUUAUCCCUUAUUUUAUACUUUUAAUUUAAUUAUUUUUUUCUAAACUGUUUGCCUUUUAUUUUACUUAAUAAUUUAUGAGCAAACAUGUACAAUUAUAUCCUAUUGCCAAAAUAGUUGUGACCCAUCUCAAGUGAUGUCGAAGUGGAAAAAUAAAUUAUAGAUUGAAAUAUCAAAUAUUCAUUGUGCCAUGGGAAAUCGCAACUCCUCUACUUAACUAAAUAGUGAAAUUCCUCCACCAUGAAAUUGCUAUACUUAAGCCGCUGAGAAGGCGCUACUCUUUCGCGCAAACAAAUAGGUGGGCAUAGCGGAAAUGGUGUUGGCGGCCAGUAUUUUGAAGGGUUUAGUGGUGGGAAUGCGUGAGAACAGACUAAUUUUAGUCGUCACCCAGAAGCGCUCUUUCAGUGGCCUGAUUAUACUAUGAAAUUGGUGUUGGGCUAUGAGUGGACUAUUAGUUAACUGCUGGAUUGCAGUCUCUCGUGGUGCGUAGUAUUUAUCUAAUAUUUAAAAAGUCCGAAAUGUUUUCUUUGAAGUCUAAUUUUGGUUUAACAAAAACUUAAAAAUACAAAUCGAUAUAACAAAAGUUCUUAAUCUUCUGAUGAAUGGGUUUUGGCGUCACUGCCCUUCUUUCUAGCUAUCUGUAAAAAUCGAAAACAUUAAAUAAAAUAAUUGAUAAUAUUAUGUUUAAAAUACAAUUAAUAUAAUUUCAAUACAAUAUGUGGUAUCAAUAAAUUUUAUCUUGAAAAUAACUAUGUCAAUAAUCCAUUUUGUUACCAUACACAUGUUGUAAAUAUAAUUUUAAAAACAAUUGUUAUUAUUUGAUUUGAAAUGACUUCUGAAAUUCUUUAAAGCCUCUGCUAAAUGACUGAAUUUUAUGUAUUUAUAUUCAGUUGUUAAAGUAGUGUAAUCUGUAUAUUCUCAUUUAAUUGUUUUAUAUUGAGUUCGAAAAAUUAAUUUCAAUAUUUUAAAUAAUUAUUAACAAAAAUUACAAAUAUUAGCUUCCAACUAGAAUAUACUUUCGAUGAAUGCAGAAUUUUUAUCAUAACAAUUAUAAAAAUUUAAUCAAAUCUCUUGUAUAUUAUUUCCUAGUGAAUGGAUAUUGUUAUUUUAAUUUAAUUUUUUAUAGUAUUACAAUAAUCUCCCUUUUCAUUUGAAUAAUUAUUUUGUGCUCAAAUAUAUUUUAAAUAUAUUUAAUUAAUGCCUAAGUAGUAGAUAUUUAAAAUAAGAUUAGUGGCAUAUUGUAUAUCUAGAUUUUAUUCAUAAUUGCAUAAUAUUAGUCAGAGCCAUACAAAUAUUGUAAUGAGAAACUGCCCAAUUUCUACUUAUAGUAUUGUAUUUACCUAAUUGUUUUUGUUUUUUUUUUUAUAUAUAUAUAAUACAAAGAUACAAACUUUAUAUAAUAUUUAUAGCAAUAAAUAAUUUAUCUAUAUCUUGUUAGCUGAUACUGCGAGUAAAUUUACCUAAUAUAUUUUAACAUGAUUUAUUUAUAAAAUGUCCAUGUGCUUUGUAAUUAGUUUCACAGUUGAGAAAAAAACAAAUUUACUGUUAUUUAUGGGUUAUUGUAUCAGUGAAAUUUAAUUAAAUAUUGUAUAUCUACUUAAAUUAAAUCAAUUUUUCUUUGAUUUGGUUGUUCAUCAAAUAUCAAUCUACUUAUUUUUUAUGAUUUUUUUCAAGACCUUUACACUUGUGCUGUUUAUAAUAAAUUAAUGACUCAUUAAAUAAACAUUAUUUUUUACUUAGUAGUUUAAAAAUCACAAUUCUGAACUCCACUCUUUAAGAGAAAACAUUUGGUAGAAAUUUGGACAAAAAUUUUGUGCAUCAAACCUAAGUCAAUAAGACUAGCAUUAUCCAAGCAAGUAGUAAAAAUUCUAACCAAAUAUGGUCAAUACUUUUAUUUUGUAAUGAAUCAUACUGUUAUUUAUUUUUUUUUAGAGAAUCAUUAAAAAUAUUUUAUAUAACACAUAAAAUCUGAUAAAAAAUUAUUCAGUUUAUUAUCGAGCAAUUAAUUUUUUUCAUUUUAUCAUAUCAAAUAUUAUAUAAGUCUAUGUGUUUGUGCCCUGUGUAUAGUUUUUAGAUAAUAACUAAUAAGUAUGCAGUUAUGAUCCAUCGCUGUAUCAACAAAAAUGUGCUGUUAAUUUAAACUGCAGCUAUUUAUUGUUCUAUGUGGUUUUAAUUUUACUAUUAAAUUUAUUAUUGGGCAAAUAUUUGGUUGAAUAUAAUUGUAGUAGCUACCAAAGUUAGAAAUACAAUAAACCUAAUGUAACAUUUUUUUUUCUUAUCAUUUUAGUAAAGUUGUGAAUAAUUUUAAAUACAAUGUAUUCAUAAUAUAGGUUGUGAAAAAUAAAUGAUCAAAAUAUAAUUGUCUGAUUAAUGGAACUUUAAUAUUAUUAACUUGAAGUUUUUUCUGUAAUAUUUUAAGUUACCUAUUGUUUAAACGUUGAAUAAUAUUGUACUACUAUUGGUGAUUUUUUUUUAAUUACAUUUAAAAUACAAAAAUAAUUGGUUCAUUUUCAGCCUAUCCGUUUUUUUUUUAUUAUUGUAAAAUAUACAUUUUUCUGGGAAAAUGGUUGAUAAAUGUCUAACACAUAAAACAUAUUUUUCAUGACCUAUAUCAAAACAAAAUAAAUGAAAAAAUGUAUAACUUUGUAUACUAAGCUAUAAUUUUUCUACUACCUACCUAAUAUAAUAUAUUAUAUUAUUUUUUCUAUCUACAUAUUAUAUAUUAUUAUUAUUAUUAUUUUAAAACACGAUUAGUAUAUUUUACUGUUUAGACCCCCACCAUGUCUAUUCAAACAAAUUAAUCAUGCAUAUUAUUAUUGUUACUUUUAUUAUUAUUUAUUUUAUUACAUAUAUACAUGCAUUAAUAUAAUAUUAUUAUUGUCUUUCAGUUUGUAUUAUGACUGAUUAAAUUAUAAUUUAAGAAGUGUGUUUAGUUCAAACCUUUAAAUAUUAUUAUGCUUUUGUUUAUUAUUAUCAUAUUUCUUUUUAAUAUUUAAGGUUAAUGUAUCCCGAAUAAUGUAAUAUUAGAUUAAAGUGUUUGGUUGUUGAUGUAUGAAAUUCAAAAUACUAUAUAAUCGUAUGUUUCUUUAGUAA